AUGGCUAUGGAGACAGACCCUCUGCUUGGCAAAGAUGACCCUCCGCCACCGCUGAGCCGUCUCCAGCGGUUCGCCAUCACUUUCUUCUCUCUCGUGCGCCUUUUGCGCGGCCUGUGCUUCAUUGCCUGGCCCGCCAUACUCCUGUCCAGCUUCGAAAUCCCCCAGAAUGGCGCUUCCUUCAUGCUCGGCAGUCUGCUGGGAUCGCGCGACCUGCUCCUCGGCGGCCUGCUCUACACGGCUGACAUGUUGUCGAUUCGCGAGGUGAGCCGCGCUCUGGUCACCAACCUCCUCAGCGACGCCAUGGAUACCUUCAUCCUCAUCUUCUCGGCCGCCUGCUCUUGGCACUGGAAGAACCCCUUUAUCGAGAUUGGUAUCUCGGCCCUGCUCGCCUUCCUCGAGCAUCUCACCCUCUACAGCAUGAGCGAGGACGAUACGGAGAGCCCUGUCGCCAGCUACGAGGCUGGCAUGCAGGCCGCCGAGGACAAGAACCGCCGCCUGGGAACCUGGCUGUCAGAGCUGCGCAUGGCUGAGAUGCAGCAGCAGGAUCGCCAGUCGCUGCGUCCCGAGUCGGCAUUUGCACCCAGUUCCAUCGUCUGA